UGAAUAGAGAAGCAAGAAAAAAGAAGCAGACGAUAACGAGGAAACAUUCAUUUCUUUUCCUGCGUAUAUAAAGGUUGACGUAUUUCUUGUUAUAUUCUCUAUAAUAUUGCUCUGCUCAGAGCCUUUUCCUAUACCAUACUACCGUACUCUCUUACUGUGUUUGUUGAUUUGUUUUCGUCUCCUCACACCACACGUUGAAAACGGUCAUCGGAUUAGCUUUGAUCACGGAGCGUCCCGCAUAAGUAACGAACGUCAUAGGGUCUGAACAUUCCUGGAUCACUCCACCAUACUCGAGUAUCAAUCAACCAGCAGUUUUAUAUAUAUAGUUGCAACAUCAACUCUCGUAUUGCACUACCUACCUAUCUUCUAGUAUCACAGCAUACACAAAACCACACAUAUCAUAUACAUUUUCAAGAUGUCCGAUAAACUUGUUCCUUCAGAUCCAGAAAAAGUCAUGGUUAUUCGUGAUGUGACUUCGAACAUCACAACACUUUCCGUGCCUUUCUCUCGAUUUGGAAUAAUUAAAAUCGGUGGUAGAGCUACUAUAGGUAUGACUCUCUUCUUUCCACAGCACCACUAGAUAUAAAUGCUAACCAAUCAUCCAAAUAGUACGACUCACAUCCGGACAACUUGCCGUCUUCUCACCAGUCGCCCUCACCCCAACUGUAUCAACCAAGCUCCAAUCCCUCGGAAACCGAGUCGCAUACGUCGCGGCACCCGAUCUCGAGCAUCACAUCUUCCUCUCGGACUGGCAUGCCGCAUACCCCAAUGCGCAUUUCAUCGCACCUGAAGGCCUCGCGGAAAAACGAGCCCAACAAUCCAAGAGCAAUCCCAAAGUCACCAAUAUCCACUUCCAAACCAUCUUCACCAAGAAAAACAAAGCAGAAAUUAAAAUCUCUGAAGAAUUCGACGCCGAUUUCGAAUACGAAUAUGUGGAUGCGCAUCCGAAUAAAGAAUUGGUAUUCUAUUACAAACCAGAUAGAACAUUGAUCGAAGCAGAUUUGAUGUUCAAUCUACCCGCCACAGAGCAAUAUUCCAAGACGGGAGAGAAUCCCAAUUCAGGAUGGGCAACUAAGUUAUUUGGAGGUAUCAUGACUACAAAAGGAGCAGCGACUUGGCAUAAGAGAAUGCAGUGGUAUGCAUUUAGUAAAAAUGAUAGGACGGGUUUCAACCAAAGUGUAAAGAGGAUUAAUUCCUGGGGCUUUGAAAAUAUCGUGCCUUGUCAUGGAGAUACUAUUAUGGGUGAUGGGAAAGGAAUCUUUGAAAAGAUCUUUGCGUGGCAUUUGCAAGGAAAGAAAUCUGGAUGAAUGCUAUGGAUGGACUGCUGAGUUUGAGUCGGGGAAGGCGUUCUGGAAAUGAGCGGGUUGAAAGAUAAUAUUAUUUUUUUCCUUUAGUGUGUUGGGGAUAUUCUCGUUAUGUAGGAUUGUUUGUAUGAUACCGGGCGAUUAUUUUCUUUUCUUUUUCAGUGUCAAAAUUUCAAUUGUGUGGUUGAAUUCUAUAAUUACAACUUAUUCUUCCCGAGUUCUCCUAUAAUUAAUCUUAGCUUGUACUAUAAUAACCUGUUUUAUUUCUCUUAUUUAAU